AAUAUUUUAAGUUCGUUGUUUUGUUUUCCUAAACAGUCUGAGGUUGUUAUACCAUUUAAUACUUUAUUAGUCAUUGCAUGCCCGAAGCAGUUGAUCUGGUUUACCGUAGGGAAACAACUGAGCCUAUUUCACAGUGGACUACUUUAUCUUAAGACGACAUUAAGACUUUCAAACAUGUUCCAGCAAACCAUAAAGAACUUCAACAUCAAUUUCGAAGGUGUGAAUGAGAGAAAUAGCUUCUCCUGUGGGGACCUGAUGACGGGACACGUCUCCUUCGAGCUCACAAAGGAGACAAAGAUCACUUCCAUAUCGUUGGCACUGACUGGAAAGGCGAAAGUCCACUGGACCACCAGCUCCGGGAGUGGCAAGAAAAGACGCCGGAGACAACACACCGCAAAACUGGACUAUUUCAACUUCAAAUGCGUCCUCAUGCAAGAGAACAACGCUGUUGGUGGGACGGGAACCUUCCAGAGAGGCAGACAUGUGUACCCGUUCACAUGUCAGCUCCCACACGGAGACUUUCCAUCCUCCUUCCGUGGAGUUCAUGGGCAAAUACUGUACACCUUGACGGUGGGCAUCCACAGACCCUGGCAUAUGUCUAAGGACUUUGCUACAGAGCUGACCUUCAUCAACCACAUUAAUCCCAACCAGCCAGAGUUGCAGGCUCCUCUCUCCGGCUCCAACAACAUGACAUUGUGCUGCCUGUGGUGUGCCUCUGGUCCCAUCACCAUGACGGCAAGUGUUGAGAAGAAAGCCUUCAUCCCCGGUGAAACUGUGAAAAUAACUUGUGAGUUUCGCAAUGCUUCAUCUCGAAUAGCUACUCCAAAGGUGAGACUGCAACAGAAACAGAUUUUCUACACCCACAACCAGAUCAACAAGACGAUGAUGUUCAAAAACUUGGUGUCAGUGACCGGAGAGCCCGUCAACGCUAACACCUCUGCCGUUAACACUGGGAUCAUGCUAACUAUUCCCUCGUCUGCACCGCUCACCAUCUCUAACUGCAGCAUCAUAGAUGUGAAUUACGUUAUUGAGGUCAGCCUCUGCGUAAGAGCAUCAAGCAACCUCACAGUGCUGUUUCCCAUCAUACUCGCUGACACCCUUGUUAGCGCUCAACCGCCGCUUUAUUUUGGUUGUUCACUUAUUAUGAACAACCACUUCUUUAAGGACUUUGAGGGCCUUCCUCUGGAAUGGGACACUCCCAUCGGGGAGGUUGGAGGUGGUCUUUACUGGUCUUUACUGGUUUCAUGUUACGUUGGAGUUCCGUGGAGGAAACGCACCAUGUCGUCCACCGUGAAGAGCCUGAAAAUAACCUACAACCCCGUAAAUGAGGAAAACACCUUCACGAAUGGCGACUGCGUUUCGGGUGAGGUGUCGCUGGAGCUGGCCAAAGCCUGCUCAGUAGACUACCUGUGGGUGAAAUUCAAGGGGAAAGCAGAAGUGUUGUGGACCGAGAGGCACGGACAAACUACUGUGGUUUACCACUCCAAAGACAAGUACUUCAGCACCAAACAUCACAUCAUCCAAGACAAAGACCUCAAAGGAGAUGAUAACCAAGCACUACUGAUAAACAAAGAAGACACAAACAGCAGUGUGCUUGCCCCGGGGAUUCAUGUUUACCCAUUCACCUUUCAGAUCCCUUUCCAGAAUAUGCCCUCAUCCUUUAAUGGCUCUGUUGGUAAAAUCGUGUACUCGCUGGAUGCCAAGCUGAGCAGAUCAAUGAGGAUUCCCACUAAAGAUUCAACUACCAUCAACUUUGUGAUGAAGGCAGACCUGACCAGUGACCCUGAGCUAAUGACACCCCAGCACGAGUCUAAGGAUAAGAAAAUGAAAUUUUUCAACUCAGGAAUGGUAGCCAUGGAUGUGAAUCUUGAAAAAACAGGAUUCUGCCAAGGAGAGGGAUUAAAGGUGCUGGCCUGCAUUCAGAACAACUCCACUCGCAAGAUCACACCCAAGUACUGUGUAUACAGAAAGCAUGUCUUUUUGGCACGAGGGAAAAGAAGAGUCAGUACUAAAGACCUCCUUAAAGAGGUGGGAGAGCCCAUCUCUCCAUCUUCUAACCAAAAUGUCACAAGAGUCAUCACCAUACCCCCUGAUGUGGAACCCUCCAUCUCCAACUGCAGUAUCAUCCAAGCAGAGUACAGACUCAGGGUGUACCUCGAUGUCAAAUACGCCUCCGACCCAGAGAUCAAAUUUCCUAUAGUGAUCCUGCGGGCCCCUCAGGUUCCUGCUUUGCUGGCCCCUCAACCUGCUGCUUCUGGGUUUGGAUUCGAACCAUUUGGGAGCACAAACCCACCAGCCUGGGGCAUUGUACCACCACAACCACCAGCAGCAUCCGGACCUUUGGAUCCCCCACCUCCCUAUGGAGCAUUUGGAAUGUACCCUCCUUUAUCUGAUUUUGGCAAUACAUAUAAGUGAUUGGACUACGAAGAUACUUUGACAUUUUGAGGGCAUGAAAUAAAGAGUUAGAAAUAUAAAUUGCAGUAUAUGUUCCAUAUUCACUGUUCUUACAAUAUUCAAAAGGACUAUCCUGUAUCAUCAUCUUGUGUUAGAGGGUAUUCGUUUUCCUAAAGGGAAAUUAUCCUUUUAAAACUUUCUGAUCUGGGUGAACCGGUUCACUAUAGAAAUAAAGUAUCACUAAAGUAUCAUUAUCACUAGAAUGAAAUAAGAUAAACAAUGUGUUAUUCAAACCUGACGUUGCCUUAUACAUACAAGAAUGUUCCAUGUCACUUCCAGACAGUAAGGCAUUAAUUAAAUGCUAAACCAUUUUAUCUAAUACGAUUUUUAUGUGUGUAUUAUGACUGAAUAUGUUCUUUCAAAUCCAUGCACCGUUUAUAAGUUUGUGUGGGUCUUUGUAUUUGAUCUUUGGUCUUUGUGUUGAAGUCUCAAUGUGUACAGGUCAAUCAGGUCCACUAAUAGCUGAGGUUAGCUGGAGGAAGGCCAGCAAAGAUUAAACCAUACAUGGGUCUGGCCCCAAGCUACAAAGAGGAAGUGUUGACCCGAUACGAGCCAGCUCACAGCCUCAGAACUAUUAUUAAACAAAAAUAAACUCCUUUACAAAAAAGAUGUGCUGUAUUGUUGUGAUUC